GGAAGCAAGAGGUUUAGGUUAUUACACGCCUGGUAAUUCUCUUGAUUUGCAGGAGGUUCAACUGGGACUAGAAAGAACCAUGUGCAUGUCUAAAAAGAGAAUGUCGAAAUCGCUGAAGAAACUGGUGGAGGAAUGCAAGAAGAACCAGGGCGAGUUAGACCUGUGCGACAAGGGCAUCUCCAGUAUGGUGGACGUCCCGGGACUCUUCAGCCUCUCCAACAUCGCCCAGUUGGUGCUGAGUCACAACAAGUUGACAGCUGUUCCUGCCAACGUAGCUGAACUGAGGAAUCUAGAAGUGCUGAACUUCUUCAACAAUCAGAUUGAGGAGCUUCCAACACAAAUAAGUAGCCUUCAAAAACUGAAACAUCUGAACCUUGGCAUGAACCGGUUGAACUCUCUGCCAAGGGGAUUUGGGUCUUUGCCGGCACUUGAGGUGCUUGAUUUGACGUACAACAAUAUGAAUGAGAAUUCCCUACCUGGCAACUUCUUUUACCUGACCACCUUGCGUGCACUCUAUCUAAGUGACAACGAUUUUGAAACCCUGCCGCCAGAAAUUGGGAAGCUCACAAAGUUGCAGAUCAUCAGCCUAAGGGAUAAUGACCUGAUAUCAUUGCCAAAGGAGAUUGGGGAGCUGACUCAGUUGAAGGAGCUCCAUAUCCAAGGGAACCGGCUAACCGUGCUGCCACCUGAAAUGGGUAACUUAGAUCUAACUGGUCCAAAACAAGUCUUCAAAGCAGAGAACAAUCCUUGGGUUACACCUAUUGCUGACCAAUUUCAACUAGGUGUCUCCCACGUUUUCGAAUACAUUCGAUCUGAAACCUACAAAUACCUUUACGGUCGACAUAUGCAAGCAAAUCCCGAACCUCCGAAGAAAGUUAAUGACAAAACAAAGAAGAUCAGCCGUAAGCCUCUGGCAGCUAAAAACAAAUGAGAGUGAUUGAUUUUACAUUCUGCUUUUGAACGCCUCUUGCAUGUGCCUUUCAUCUGUAUUUAUUUACCUCAAAGUCCUUAACUCAUUUUUGUCAGGCACAGGAUAGUACGGUCUUGCAUACCCUCCAACAAUGUUUAGAGUUUAAUGCCCUGUGGUAUUCUCUUUGUACACCACAGCGCUUUGUCAUAUUUUUCAUAACUGCCACAAAACCUUUCUCUACCAAUUAGGGCGGACCGUAAACUUUGUGCCAUAAUUUUCUAUUGUUGCAUCGGUUGUAACUUCCCGAUGUUAAAUGCAAAACAUUUUGUAUUAACUGUCGUUUUACAUGCUUUGAAUUUAUUCCUUUUGCCUACACCCAAUAUUAAUUUUUACAGCUGUAAUUUUAAAUAAAACCUAUAUUUAUACUUA